GUUUAUCUCCUGUGUACCUAACUAGUCUUCUACCACGCUACAAUCCAACCCGCUCCCUGGACUUUUGGUAGUACCUAGGAUAGCAAAGUCCACUAAAGGAGGUAGAGCUUUUUCACAUUUGGCACCCAAACUCUGGAAUAGCCUUCCUGAUAACGUUCGGGGUUCAGACACAGUCUCUCUGUUUAAAUCUAGAUUAAACACACAUCUCUUUAGCCAAGCAUUCACAUAAUGCAUCUUAUAAUCUUGUACUGCAUUUAUAUCUGAUCAAAUGUACAUUAUAAUUCUUUAGAUUGGGUUGAACAAAUCAUUUUUGCUUGAAUAGAACAGCAGCUACGCUAAUUAUGUCUCUAUCUGUUUCUCUGAUUCUGCCUUGAAGCGUCAGUCUGGAUCCAACCCUUAAAAAGAUCCGAGAUGACCAAACACCUGAGAAGAGAUGAUGGCAACACCUCAGAGGACCACGGAGGAUGCCAACCCUCAGACAACACAUAAUUACCAAAACCUCGGAGCAGAUGCUGAGGGAGUCUACAUCCACCGAAAUGACUCUCUACUGGACACUGAUGCUUACGGUUUUCAUCCUGUUCGAAAACGUUAAAGGCUGGAACACUUCUUCAGAUACUGUCACUGUGCCAGACGUUAUUGAACUUCAGGCUUUGGACAUGUGGAGGCUGGAGGUGAAGUGGAUGAUGCAUCAGAAUGAAGUACAGAGCAAUCAAAUGUAUGAAAUACAAGUUGGACGCACAACAAACAUGGAUGUUGUUGACAGUAUGAAUGUAAGCAAAGGAUCACUGGAAGCAAUUCACACACUGGUUUGGACCUCACAGCUCCCGCUGAACUGUGUCAAUCACUCUGUUAGAAUAAGACUCAUCUCCGGUGCUUCACCCUCCAGCUCUUGGAGUUCAUGGAAAACCAUCUAUGGGGAGAUGAACUUGGCCCACAAUGAAAUCAAGCUGUUUCCAGAUGGCCAGGUGCUUCGGGAGGGAUCCACGGUGAUGUUCUGCUGCAUUUAUCCCAAAGAGACACACAUCAUGUCUAUGUUCUUCGGCAACACUGCCUACAAAGUCAUCAACAUAAGCCCACAGGUCAAAGCCAUUCGAGUGGAAAACAUCACAGCCACAAAUUCAUUCGGUGUCAACUUCUACUGCGAUAGCAACAGUGAUGUAACAGCAUAUAACUUUGUCACUUUUCCUCCUGAGAAACCAUUCGAUUUUAGAUGUGAUACUGAAGAUAUGAGACACAUCUGCUUGUGGAAAAUAGGCAGAGCUCCUAACCUACAAGGCGAUCGGAGAAGGAAGUACACAUUACUAAUCAGUGACUCCAAGUCUGUGGACUGUGAUGUGGAAGACACAGAUCCUGCAUCCUGCGGUUUUGAGGUCAUCCAACAGCAGAUCACCUACAACAUCACAUUACUUGUGACAAACAGUUUGGGGCAAGAGAGUGAGACCUACAUAUUCAAUAUCACAGACAGAGUUUUUCCAGUCCCUGAGCAUCUUGAAGUGACUGCAGGUCCGUUUGAUUCAUUGGUGACCUUGCAGCUGAUUGGGAGUUUCAAAGGACUUCUGCUGACAUGCCAGACUGAACUUGAACCAGGAGGGAUAAUACAGGAUUUAGAUAAGAAUGGAUCUGACUCAAUGCAGUCUUACACAUUCAGACUACAGCACCUAAAGCCCAGCACGCGGUACUCCGUUAGGGGGCAUUGUGCAGUACAGGGGAACGCCUGGGGCCGAUGGACAACACAAAGACAAUUCAUCAUAGACCCUCGAGUGACCAUAGAUCUGUGGAGACAAAUCAGGGACCAUCCCAAUCGCACUGUCACACUGCUGUGGAAAACAGUCAGCAGUGACUCAGAAUCAUAUAUUAAAGCCUACGAGGUGUGUGUGAGCUACAGAAACACAAAGAGGAGCGUGUGCUUGAACGUCACUCAGACACAGGUGGAACUAACCAGAGAGAUCAAUAUGAGUGGCAUCACUGUGAGGGCCGUCGUUCAGUCUGGCUUAUCUGAACCGGCCCACAUCACUAUUCCUGCAGCGUAUACAGGUGACAAAGCUCACACUCAACAUUACAGUGUGUUCUUCUGUGCAUUGCUUAUGUUGUUCUGUAUAACGUCAGAUAACUUACUUACGGAGAAGAGGAUUAUGGGUAAUGAAAAGGGAUUCCAGAUGACCUGGACGAGGGACUCAGCUGCCACGUGUGGUUACACCGUAGAGUGGUGCAUGCUGGGUAUUGUGCUCCCCUGCAACUUACAGUGGAGAAAAGUCCCAGCUAAUCAGACUUCCUUAAACCUGAAUGCAGGGGAUUUUAAAGCAGGAGUUCAAUACACAUUUGAAAUCUACGGGUGUAGCGCUGCGGGACACAGACGGCAUGAGAAACAGAUCGGAUACCUACAAGAACAGAAGCCCACACAAUGCCCUACACUGGACUCUAGCCCAGACAUAACAUGGUCAUCUGUAAAUCUGAGAUGGAGUUUCAGUGAGAAUUAUCCAGGUCACGCUGGAUUUAUAACAGGAUAUGUGAUUACGAUGAAAGACUAUUCAGAGGCCAGCUCUGAUCUCAGUUCCUUCAGAGAGUCAGUGGAUGAUCCUCACAGCAAGUCUUGGACAGUCAGUGGUCUUGAGGAGGACCGGCCGUACACAUUUCAGCUGGCAGCAUGUACGUCUGCAGGCUGUGGACCGGAAACCUCUGCCACCUUCAGAACCAGACAGAACCAUCACCUGCUGAUGGUGAAGGUUCUGGUUCCUCUCCUGGUCUUGGUCAGUUGUUGUGUUUGUCUGUGGUCGUUCAGAAACCUGAUAAGAGGAUUUCCAGAAGAAUCGUUCAGCUUUCUGCACAUAAAAGCACUGAACCUGGAUGGAGAUAUUUAUGAAGCGAGUGAAAAGAUCCGUACUCUAAUGAUAGAGGACUGUGAAUGGUGUAACGUGGAGAUUUUAGACGUGCAACCCAUCCCUACAGAGAAAACAUGGUUGACGCGUGCAGAGGACCUGAGUUGUUCAUUCAUUACUCCUAAAGUCACGCUACCAUCCUGCCAUCUUACCACAGACGUAUGGCUGGCCACAGAUCUCACAAACUUCACUUACUUAUCCUCUGUGCAGCAAGAUCUGCCUUCAGAGGAGCUGCAGACAGAAGCCACAAAUCAGGAGUCUGAGAUCUCGGGCUUCUAAAGUGACUAUGUCACUUCCGUAGCCACAUAAUUCCUGAAAACGCAGUGUUGUGAUCUUUUAUACACAUCAAACCCAGAGCUGUCGAUCUUAUCACAGAGAUGUUCAGCAAGAUCACUGGUGUGUUUGUAAGGGGCCCCGCUUCCUUCUGCAAAACAGCUUUUAAACACAAGAAGUGUUGUGAAAUGCAACUGCAGUAUUUCAUUUUGCAAUAUCUGUCAGGUACUUUAUCUUGGUUUUGCAUGUUAUGCAAAAACAUACAAAGUGUUCUCUCUCAAGGGAAAAACAUGUUCUGGAGGGGACAUUUUUAUUAUUCUGUUCUGAAUUUCUAAGCUUUAUGAGUAAGUUACCAAGGGUAACCCUUUGCUUUACUGAAUGUAUCAUGAAUUAACAAUGAACAAUUUUACAGUUAAGAACUCGAAAUCUUAAUGUACAUUACCAUUUAUAAGCUGCUUCAUACUUUUGUGGAAACAGUGAUUUUUGAGGAAAAAACAUUUUCAGCAUUUUUCUGAAAUAGAAAUCUUUUGUAACAUUAUAAAUGUCUUUACUGUCACUUCCGAUCAAUGUGAUGCAUCCUUGCUGAAUAAAAGUAUUAAUAAAAUGCAUAUAAUAAAGCUGUUUAAGUAUUA